CGAUGUCAAGCUCGGCCUUUCUGGGGCAACCGCCAGCCAACCAAGAUGACUUCUACAUCAUCAAGGGCAUGUACAGAGCAGCCUACGCCUUCAACAAAGACCCAAGCGAAGGCUACCUAUUAGUUCCGAGGAAACCCGAGAACUAUGAAUACAACGACAAGCAAGCCAGCAUUAUUGUUGGCAUGGCUUUGGCCAUAGUCAUCAUGAUGUCUACCACAGCUCUACGACUCACUCUCCGGCAAUUCAAGACAGGUGUAAGGUGGGGAGCAGACGACUGGAUCUUGAUACCAGCGGCGAUAACAAUGGUCAUGCGUGGAGGCGGUGGUAAACACACAUGGGACGUUACCUAUGCCGAAUACUACACCNUUGCAAUCGUCUGCAAAAUCAUAUUCUUCACAACCGUCGGCAUCAUCAAAAUAUCCAUCUGUCUGUUCCUCCGCCGCAUCUCGGAAGCCACGUCGAAGUAUCCUCGAAUCGCCAACGACAUCUUCCUUUUCCUGCUCAUAAGUUAUACUCUACUCGCAUUGUUCUGGUCCUGCUUUCAGUGCUCUCCCGCCCCAGCGAUGUGGGACAAGAUAUACUCUGGCAAACUCAUGCAGCCUGCCAAAUGCUGGUCCACGUUGGUGGUCGCAAACACACUUAGCGUCAUCCAUGUUGUCAUGGACUUUGUCCUGCUUCUUACGCCUAUUGUCGUGCUAUGGAAAGUGCAGCUGAACAAGAAAACAAAGAUCAGGCUGUUCAUUGUGUUCUCAAUGGGUUCGCUGUCAUGCGUGGCUAGCGUCUUGCGAGAGCUUGCACAGAAGAGUAUAAGCAAGGAUAUCACCUAUGGUUACACAAGCCUGUUGGCAUGGACAGUAGUCGACUUGACGCUUGCAGUAGUCGUAGCAUCGCUGCCUGUCAUCAGUGCACUCAUUCCCAAAGCCUGGAGCGACAUUACACAUUCAUCGCGUCUCCACAGAACCACACUUGGACAAGCAACAUCCAAGGGAACACAGGGACAAUCUGUCAUUGGAAGAGCUCGGCGUAACACAAUAGACUCGGAAGAAGACGGCAUUCUGCGCGAGGACCGGAUCGAGCUAUCCUAUGCUCGUAACUCUAAGCGCUUCCAACCACGAGAGAACUCUCAGACCUCAUUAUAUGCGAGUCCUCACGCGGAACAAGCACUU